CCGAGACACCCCUCCAAGAAACCCAAACCCAUCAAUCACUUCUUCAUACCAUCCCCAACAAAACCCCAAUAGCAAAGAGAACGGAAAAGAAAAGAUAAAACAUAUACAAAAUGGGUCCUAAGAAGAGCGGCGAGAACUCUAAGAAGGCGGCCGGAAAUGCCCGUAAAGCGGAAGCGGCUGCCGCCAAGAAGGCUGUUGAGGACUCGAAGCGUGCAGCUGAGGAGGAUAAGCAGUGGGCGAAGGGUGCUAAGGGUGCUUCUAAGAAGGAAGCAGAGGAAGCCAAGAAAGCCGAAGCAGCGCGGAAGAAGGCAGAGCGUGACGCCCAACUCGCCGCCGAGGAAGCCUCCCAACCCUCCAAGCCGAAGGGCAAGUCGAACCAGCCGGUCAAGAAGUCCCGCGGAUUAGAUCUCAGCCAGCUGGAUGAUCAGCCCGCGUCUCGCAAGGGAGCUGCACUCAAUGCAUCGGGUAUCGAUAAUGCCCUGGACGCCCUGUCGCUGACGGGCAAGGAUUCGUCAAAGAUCGAUCGCCAUCCGGAGAGACGUUACAAGGCUGCUUAUGCGGCGUAUGAGGCGCGGAGAAUGCCGGAGGUGGAGCAGGAAACCCCUGGCCUGCGGAGACAACAGCGUAUUGAGCUCAUCAAGAAGGAAUUUGAGAAGAGUGACGAGAAUCCCUUCAACCAGGCGCAUGUUGCUUUCGAUGCAUCAAAAGAAGAGAUCGCUGCUGUUCGCGAUGCGGAGAAGAAGAAGGUGGAGGCCAGACUGACGAAAUAAUCUCGUUUUCGUUUC